ACGCAGCGGUUGGGAACACAGACAUUUUCGGAGCUGGAGCCGCCACUGCCGCCGCCAUUUUGUGUCUGUGGAGAAAGAAGCUUCUGUGGCGGCUGGAAGUGGACGGAGAUCACCCCUGAGACGGCGGCGUUUCAUACCCGAGGUUCCCCCUGUGUCGUCCCCCAACCCCCCUCCGCGGUCAGCAUGUGGUGAAGCCGGAGCCGCGAGAGACCCGGGGAGAGGAAGAGGAGUCGGAAGGGAGGCGGGGUGUCGAGAGCGGCUUCAGCUUCAGCUGCGGCGGACCUCGGAGGGGGGCCGCGGCGCAAUGUCAGAGCAGACGCCGGCCGAGGCCGGUACUGCGGGGGCCCGGGAGGACGCCUGUCGGGAUUAUCAAUCAUCACUCGAAGACCUGACCUUCAAUAGCAAACCGCACAUCAAUAUGCUGACCAUUCUAGCCGAGGAGAACCUGCCCUUCGCCAAGGAGAUCGUCUCUCUCAUCGAGGCCCAAACCGCCAAGGCUCCUUCCUCAGAGAAGCUUCCUGUUAUGUACCUUAUGGAUUCUAUCGUGAAAAACGUUGGAAGAGAGUAUCUCACUGCCUUUACUAAAAAUCUAGUUGCAACAUUUAUUUGUGUGUUUGAAAAGGUGGAUGAAAAUACUAGAAAAAGUUUAUUUAAAUUACGUUCCACAUGGGAUGAAAUAUUCCCUUUGAAGAAACUUUAUGCCCUGGAUGUCAGAGUCAAUUCGUUAGAUCCUGCUUGGCCUAUUAAACCUCUGCCCCCCAAUGUGAAUACAUCUAGCAUCCAUGUGAAUCCUAAAUUUUUAAAUAAAUCGCCUGAAGAGCCUUCAACACCUGGCACAGUGGUCAGUUCCCCUAGCAUCUCCACUCCUCCAAUUGUUCCUGAUAUACAAAAGAAUCUUACCCAAGAACAACUAAUAAGGCAGCAGUUACUGGCAAAACAAAAACAGUUGUUAGAACUUCAGCAGAAAAAGCUAGAGCUUGAGCUAGAGCAAGCUAAGGCACAACUGGCAGUUUCUCUUAGUGUUCAGCAGGAGACAUCCAACUUAGGUCCUGGAUCUGCACCAUCCAAAUUACAUGUUCCACAAAUUCCCCCUAUGGCAGUUAAACCUCCCCAUCAGGUUCCUGUGCAACCUGAGAAAAGCCGUCCAGGUCCAUCCUUACAAAUUCAGGAUUUGAAAGGAACUAAUCGGGAUCCCCGUCUUAAUAGGAUGAGUCAACAUUCUUCACAUGGAAAAGAUCAGAGUCACAGGAAAGAAUUCCUAAUGAACACAUUGAACCAAUCUGAUACUAAGACAAGUAAAACUGUACCCUCUGAAAAACUAAAUUCAUCCAAGCAAGAGAAAAGUAAAUCAGGUGAAAAAAUAACCAAGAAAGAACUUGACCAAUUAGAUUCUAAAUCUAAAUCUAAAUCUAAAUCACCAUCACCUUUGAAAAACAAAUUAUCCCACACAAAGGACCCGAAAAAUCAAGAAUCUGAAAGUGCAAGGGUGUCUGAUAUGAGCAAGAGAGAUCCAAGGUUAAAGAAACAUCUUCAGGAUAAGACUGAUAGCAAAGAUGAUGAUGUAAAAGAGAAGAGAAAAACUGCAGAAAAAAAGGAUAAAGAUGAGCACAUGAAAUCAUCUGAACACAGAUUGGUUGGAAGUAGAAAUAAAAUCAUCAAUGGCAUUGUACAAAAGCAGGAUACAAUAACGGAAGAAUCAGAAAAACAAGGGACAAAACCAGGGAGAUCAAGUACUAGAAAGCGAUCAAGAUCGAGAUCACCCAAGUCUCGGUCACCAAUUAUACAUUCUCCGAAGAGAAGAGAUAGGCGGUCACCCAAACGAAGGCAAAGGAGUAUGUCUCCAACCUCAACACCCAAAGCUGGAAAGAUUCGGCAAUCAGGAGUUAAGCAGUCACACAUGGAAGAGUUUACUCUACCUUCCAGGGAAGAGCGGAAUGCUAAGAGAAGUAAUAAACAAGAUAUUCGAGAUCCAAGGAGAUUAAAAAAGACUGAAGAGGAACGACCACAAGAAGCUGCAAAUCAGCAUUCUAUGAAGUCAGGCACUGAACCAAAGGAGAAUGUAGAAAAUUGGCAAAGUUCCAAGUCUACCAAAAGAUGGAAAUCUGGUUGGGAAGAAAAUAAAAGCUUACAACAGGGUGACGAACAUAGUAAAUCUCCUCAUCUAAGGCAUAGGGAGAGCUGGUCAAGCACUAAAGGAAUCUUGUCACCUCGAGCCCCAAAGCAGCAACAUCGAUUAAGUGUAGAUGCCAACCUUCAGAUUCCUAAAGAGUUAACUCUUGCAAGCAAAAGAGAAUUACUUCAAAAGACGAGUGAACGUUUAGCAUCUGGUGAAAUUACACAGGAUGAGUUCCUUGUUGUUGUGCAUCAAAUUCGACAGCUAUUUCAGUAUCAAGAAGGUAAACAUAGAUGCAAUGUACGGGAUAGUCCUACAGAAGAAAAUAAAGGUGGAUUAAAAAAGAAACCUCUCUUAUCUGAUGCUGAAUUAACCUACUAUGAACAUAAAGCAAAACUGAAAAGGACACAGGUUCAGCAUUCAUUUCCAAGACUUGAUCUCUUAGAUCCUGAUAUUUUUGACUACCCUUUGACUGAUGCCUUGUUGUCUGGAAUAGAAUGUGAGCCAUCCAAAAGUAAACAUGCAAGUAGGAAUAGUGGAGCACAGUUUGACAGAAAAGAACAAUUUAGUGAAAGAGCAAGACGUCUUUCUCCUAUAUCUGGGAGUCGUACUUAUGCUGAGAAUCUUUCACCCCAUGAGGGCCGGAGAAGACAUGACGAGCAAGUCUCUGCUAAAGGUGUACGAGAAGAGCAGAGAUCACCAUUCAAUGAUCGUUUUCCACUUAAGCGACCUAGAUACGAAGAUUCAGAUAAACCAUUUGUAGAUAGCCCAGCAUCAAGAUUUGCCGGCCUUGAUACAAAUCAGCGACUUACAGCUUUAGCUGAAGAUAGACCAUUAUUUGAUGGACCUAGUAGGCCAUCAGUAACAAGAGAUGGCCCAGCCAAGAUGAUUUUUGAAGGACCUAAUAAAUUAAGCCCUAGAAUUGAUGGACCUCCUACACCAGGUUCUCUUCGGUUUGAUGGGUCACCAGGACAAAUGGGGGGAGGUGGCCCUUUGAGAUUUGAAGGACCACAAGGUCAGUUAGGAGGUGGGUGUCCUUUGAGAUUUGAAGGUCCUCCAGGACCAGUAGGGACACCUCUGCGGUUUGAGGGGCCAAUUGGUCAAGCAGGAGGAGGUGGUUUUCGGUUUGAAGGUUCCCCUGGUCUGAGGUUUGAGGGAUCUGCAGGUGGUUUGAGAUUUGAAGGACCAGGGGGCCAGCCUGUGGGUGGUCUCAGGUUUGAGGGACAUCGGGGUCAACCUGUGGGUGGUCUAAGGUUUGAGGGACCUCAUGGUCAGCCUGUGGGUGGACUUAGAUUUGAUAAUCCCCGAGGUCAGCCUGUCGGUGGACUUAGAUUUGAAGGGGGUCAUGGUCCAUCAGGGGCUGCAAUUAGGUUUGAUGGACCUCAUGGUCAGCCAGCAGGUGGGAUCAGAUUUGAGGGCCCUUUGCUACAGCAGGGAGUUGGAAUGAGGUUUGAGGGCCCCCAUGGUCAGUCAGUAGCUGGUUUGAGGUUUGAAGGACAACAUAAUCAACUUGGUGGGAACCUUAGGUUUGAGGGUCCACAUGGUCAACCAGGGGUUGGGAUCAGGUUUGAAGGACCGUUAGUCCAACAAGGAGGUGGAAUGAGGUUUGAGGGUCCUUCUGUGCCAGGAGGUGGCCUGAGAAUUGAAGGGCCUCUGGGUCAAGGUGGUCCAAGAUUUGAAGGUUGUCAUGCUUUAAGGUUUGAUGGGCAGCCAGGUCAGCCAUCACUCUUGCCAAGAUUUGAUGGACUGCAUGGGCAGCCAGGUCCUAGAUUUGAAAGAACUGGUCAGCCAGGCCCACAGAGAUUUGAUGGACCACCUGGACAGCAGGUACAACCAAGAUUUGAUGGUGUACCUCAAAGAUUUGAUGGUCCACAACACCAGCAAGCAUCAAGGUUUGAUAUUCCUCUUGGUCUUCAAAGCACACGAUUUGACAAUCAUCCUUCACAGAGGCUUGAAUCAGUAUCUUUCAAUCAGACUGGUCCAUACAAUGAUCCACCUGGCAAUGCUUUUAAUGCCCCAUCCCAAGGACUACAGUUCCAAAGACAUGAACAAAUGUUUGAUUCACCUCAAGGACCAAAUUUUAAUGGACCACAUGGCCCUGGAAACCAGAGCUUCUCCAAUCCCCUUAACAGAGCUUCUGGACACUAUUUUGAUGAAAAGAAUCUUCAGAGUUCCCAAUUUGGAAACUUCGGCAAUUUACCUGCUCCAAUAACAGUAGGAAAUAUUCAGGCAUCUCAACAGGUUCUUACUGGUGUUGCUCAGCCAGUAGCAUUUGGCCAAGGACAACAGUUUUUGCCAGUUCAUCCACAAAAUCCUGGAACAUUUGUUCAGAAUCCUUCAGGAGCUCUUCCUAAGGCAUAUCCUGAUAAUCAUCUCAGUCAGGUGGAUGUAAAUGAAUUAUUUUCAAAACUGCUAAAAACAGGAAUUCUCAAAUUGUCUCAGCCUGAUUCAGCUACAACACAAGUGAAUGAAGUUGCUGCUCAGCCUCCCCCUGAAGAGGAGGAAGAUCAAAAUGAAGAUCAAGAUGUUCCAGAUCUUACUAAUUUUACAGUUGAAGAAUUGAAACAACGUUAUGAUAGUGUUAUAAAUCGACUGUACACUGGUAUUCAGUGUUACUCCUGUGGAAUGAGGUUUACAACAUCACAGACAGAUGUAUACGCAGAUCACUUGGACUGGCAUUAUCGGCAAAAUAGAACUGAAAAAGAUGUUAGCAGAAAAGUCACUCAUAGACGUUGGUACUACAGUUUAACGGACUGGAUAGAAUUUGAGGAAAUAGCUGAUUUAGAAGAACGUGCAAAGAGCCAGUUUUUUGAAAAGGUGCACGAAGAAGUCGUGCUCAAGACUCAGGAGGCUGCUAAAGAAAAGGAGUUCCAAAGUGUACCUGCCGGACCAGCUGGAGCAGUUGAGAGUUGUGAAAUCUGUCAAGAACAGUUUGAACAAUACUGGGAUGAAGAAGAGGAGGAAUGGCAUUUAAAAAAUGCUAUUAGAGUAGAUGGAAAGAUUUAUCAUCCAUCAUGUUAUGAAGAUUAUCAGAAUACAUCUUCAUUUGAUUGUACACCAUCUCCCAGCAAGACACCAGUUGAAAACCCUUUGAACAUUAUGUUGAACAUUGUCAAAAACGAAUUGCAGGAACCCUGUGAAAGUCCCAAAGUUAAGGAAGAACGAAUUGAUACCCCACCAGCUUGUACAGAGGAAAGCAUAGCAACACCCACUGAAAUUAAAACAGAAAAUGAUACAGUCGAGUCAGUUUAAAUAAAAUGAGAAAGGUAUGUUUUUCUUUUUAAAAAAAAGCUGCUGUUGGAUAUAGAAGGUGAAGAAUUUUUUAUGUAUAUAUAGACAUAUAUCUAUAUAAAUUGUCUAGCUGAGGCAGGGCCUUCAGCUAUCAUUUGGUUAAUAAAUACAUUUUAGUAUUUGCAUUUCCUACUGCCUGCACAGAUUCAGGUGCUUGUUGUGUGAAAGUUCUGUAGAUGUGUGCAAAUUUAACAAAAUGAAAUUGUAUGUGUAAAAAUGUACGAUUUUCACUUGUGAAACUGUAAAUUAUAAAUAAAAAAUAUUUUUGCUAUCCAUGGAGUGUAAUAUUUAUGCACACCAUCAAAUAAAGACAGUGUUUCUGUACUUUUUAUUGGGUGAAAAUGGAAUUAAACAGCAACCUCAACGUAAGAUUUUUUUUCUAGUAGCUUCCCACGAUUAAAGAAGCAAAUUCUGGUUAGUUUUAUCCUUCAAAAGAGGGGUGUGAGAGAGCACUGCAGGACUUUUCUCAAAUAGAAAAGCCAGAUUUGAAAAAAUUUUAAAAACGAAAUAGGACUUUGCAUAUAUCUCUCUAGCUAUAGAGAACCAUCCAGAUGUCCAUUUUUGAAAAGUAUCUAAUGAAGCAACUUUUAUUGAACUUGGACACUGAUGCCAUCAAACGAUUAAUAUAUUUAAGUACUAAAGGUGAUUUUUUUUUUAAAUGACAUUUUUCAAAUAUGUCAAAUGAUUUAAUGCAGAUGAACAUAUUUCUAUUUUAAGUUACAGGGGAAUCUGUAAGAAUGUUCAUUUGAAACAUGGUUAACCUUUUUCCUUUGUUGGUUUUGACUGAAUUAGAUGGAUACCAUGAGAUGUUAAUAUUCAUACAUGUAAUAAAUAGAAUGAUGAAGAAACUUCCAGUUUGUAUCUCUUUAUUUCUUGAAUGACUUUAGAAUGUGACUUCUUUUUCUUACGUCUUUGUUCAUUACUGUUCUUUAAAACAUGAACAUGGCACCUGCUAUAAGCCAGGAACUCUGUGGAUGAAGAUUAAUCUUUUCUGCCAUCUAUUGGAGGAGAUGGGCAUAUAAAACAAUUUUCUUUGUUGAGCAUUUACUGUGGGGUAGGCACUGGCAAAUUUUUUAUAUAUAUCUUUAGUAUUUACAGAUAAUCCUACAUAGUAGAUGGUAUCCCCAACGUACAGAUCGAUUCACGCAAAAAGUUGUAGAAUAAGAAUGUAGACCUGGUUUUGCUUCAUUUUAUUCUGUACUACUACUGCAAUUAAAAAGAAUACCUUAAGUAGGUACAUCAAACUACCUGGAAUUGGGUUAAGGAAGACUUUAUGGAGGUGGUGGUAUUUGGGGUAUUGGGUCUUGGAAGAUAGGAGUCCACACUGGUGGGAAGGGUAUCUAUGGAGAAUGGACAGCAAACAUAAAGGCUUGAAAACAUGUGUUUUCAAAAAUUUUUUAUAUGGUUAAAAAUCUAACAACUUUGAAUAGAUUAUGAAGAGUCUUCUUGGUCAUACUUAGAAGUUUGUAUUACACUGGUGAGCAUGGGAGCCACCAGAAAUUUUAAACAAAUCCUAUCUGCAUCUUUUUUAAGAAUCAAGUGAAUAGAAAUUUAUGAGAUUGUCAAAUGUUAUAAAGAGGUUCAGUAAGAAAAACUGAUAGGUGUCCACUGGAUUUGAGAGGUGAAAACACAUUGUGUGAUAGCUGAAUUUAUGAAUAUAAACGAACACUGUCAUGGAAGAAAUGCUGGGGUCUGAAUCCAAAAACGUAGGCAAAAUUUUCUGUUGCCUUCUUUUGGGGGGAUCAUAACUUUUAUCAAAUGCUUAAAAGUGUAUGACAAAAAAGAAAGGCGACAUUCUAACCUACCAGUGUACCAAGAGUAUCCAUAUCAAGGGUCAAGUCCUUGAGAAGCAAACAUUUAGACUCUUAAGUAGAAGGGUAAGAAAGCACUAUUGAGAAAAAACAAAACAAAACAAAAAACAGUAAUGGUAAAAAAAAUUCAAAGAAUGGGCAGUAAACAAAGUCAAGAAAAUAUGGAACGAUACAGAAAUAUCCCCUAAUGACUGACUGAAGAACAGGUGAGUAUGGGUGUUAACACCAGUUGCACUGGGUUGUGUGGGUGAGAGGUGACAAAAUUGUAAGAGCUACUCUUUAUGAAAUUUAACUGGAAAUUUAAUUGUAGUCAGAAUGAGACAAAAAAGAGAUGUUAACAUAUAUGUUAAAAGGAGUUAAUUGGAGAGACUUGAAGACAGAUGAUAGACCAGUCUCAGAUCUGAAAAGAGAUUAUCAAUAGCACAAAAGGAAUUAGCUUGGAGAGGGACAAUACCUCUGAGAUGAUCAUAGGUAUUUAUAGUUGGAAUUGAAAAUCCAGUUCCUAGUUUUUCUGAGGUAGGAGGUUGAAUAUUGGGUAGUGAUUUAGAUGCGUGGCCCCCAAAUUUCACUGCAUUACAAUCAGUGAAUAUUAACAGCUUGUUUAUCUCUGGAGGGUCUCAUUAAGUAGAUUCUCAUUCAAAUCCCUCUACCAUUUAGAAAGCUCCAUAGUUAUACAUAAAAAUAAUGUCAAUUAUAUCUGAAUUUAAAAAAAACCCAUAGUUGAUUUUAAUGAACUAGAUCUGAUAAGUGAUCUAGAAAGCAACACUGAACUGUAGCCCCAAAAGAUGGAAAAGUAAUAAUCAACACCUACUACUGGGAACUAGAAUGAGUAAGUAAUCUACAGUGGAAAGUGUAGCAAGGAAAACCAAAGGAAGCCUUAUGUAAGAUGGAAUACUGUUUUUUGAAGUAACAGUUGAAGUUUGUGAGAAUAAAAGCAUUUUAUUUCCUAAAACCUGCAAAUUUCAUUGUUUAUACCCUCUACAAUAUUCUGACUUCAACAUAAUUGGUUAAAACUUAGUUUUAACUUUACUGUUCUGGAAAAUACUACAAAGUAAUCUGUUAUUUAGCUAAAAAUAAAAUAAGCUUUAGCAAAAAAAUAAAAAAUAAAAAUUCAAAGAUUUUCAAGUAACAACUAACCUAAAAUAGACGAUUCUAGUUUUGUUUUCCCAGCAGACUUUAUUUACAACCUAUUUAGCAACUAUUAAAUGCUACAAGAGGUUUAUACGAAAUAUUCAGAAAAAUACAGUAUCUAACUAUGCCGGGAAGUGGAAAGUUUUAGCAGACUAAAGAGGAGGUAAUCUGGAGGUAAAAAUGUGAAAGGCUAUCAUCCAAAAGGACGUGAACUUCUGCAGAAGUAGGGUUUUCUCCUAAUCCUAUAUGGGCUCACUUUGCUGUGCAGGUGGGAAAGAGCAAGUUAAGAGCAAAAAGAGUUCACCUACAGGGUGAAAGUCUGGAGGUGGGCAUCAAAGGGAGAGCAAGAAUGCCUGGGAAGCAAGGGAAGGGAGUAUUUAGGCAAGGAAAUUGGUUACCAAAACGCAUUUAAUUGAAUUUUUGGCCUGGGAUUGGCCCUGCUCCCUCCUGUGGAACUAAAUGCAAAGAGGUGGUUUAUGGGAGAUUAGGCAGACCCCUCUUUGAAAAAACGGAGGUGGAACCAUAAGUUUCCUACUUACAAAGAGCUCCACUUCUCUGGAAUGCUGAGAUGCCCACUUCAUUGUGUUCUGGAAUGCUUCACUUGAGACAUUUCCUUUAAUCAGUCCCUCACUUACCUUGAAAUCCUGUGCAUUCUGGGUUUUUACAUCUUGACUCCUAAGUGUUACCAAUGACUCCUUGCCAAAACCAGUGUUACUCUUAGCUUCUUAAUCUUCCCUGGCCCAUGUACUCCUUAAAAGUACUUUCUCUUGCUCUAUAUAACAUGUUUUUCUGUGCUUCUGUAUUUUUAUUUAGGAAGAAUUUUUGUAAAACUUAAAAAAAUCAAUACAGAAAAAGUCUCCUUUCACAACUUUCUUGUUCUAUAAAGUACUGAGUUAAUCUUCUAUAGAUUCUUUGAAAAAAAUUUUACAAAGAAGGGGCACCUGGGUGGCUCAGUCUUUAAGCGUCUGCCCUUAGUUCAGGUCAAGCCCUGCAUCGGGUUCCCUGCUCAGCAGGGAGCCUGCUUCUCCUUCU